AUGACCUCGGACUGGAAGUCGCGCGCCGACGCGUAUCGCGCCCACAUCCUCGCCCAGAUCCCUUCGUCUUGGCUCCUCCCGCCCAACUUUGCCCUCACCACAGACGUUCGGUUCGUCGCAGAGACAAGCGGCAUCCUCACCCCUGCCGAAGUCAAGCUUCUGCACAAUGACGCGACCUCGCUCGCGGCGGCCAUCGCUUCCAAAAAGUACACAGCCGUAGAGGUCGCCACGGCGUACUGCAAGUCGGCGGCAGUGGCCCACCAGACCACCAACUGUCUCAUGGACUUCUUCCCCGAGGAGUGCAUUGCGCAGGCCAAGGAGCUCGACGCCUACUUUGAGAAACAUGGAAAGACGAUGGGAUCGCUGCACGGUGUGCCCGUUAGUGUGAAGGAGCACGAUGGGUAUGAUGUCAUCAAGGUCACCACCUCGUCUGGGUACCACCUCUCCUCUGUCCCACCUCUCCCCUGCUCGCGCUCACACUCAGACAUGUGCGGAAUCAAGGGAAAGCCCCGCUCGGCAGGCUUCCUCUCGAUCUUGGAAGACCCAGCCUCGGUCAGCGUUGACGACUGUACCGUCGUCGCAGCGUUCCGCGCGGCUGGAGCCGUCUUCUACUGCAAGACCACCAACCCCCAGGCCAUCAUGCACCUCGAGUGCAAUUCGUUCUUGGGCGAGACGACCAACCCGUUCAACACCACUCUGACACCUGGCGGAAGCUCGGGAGGCGAGGCAGCGCUGUUGGCUGCAGGUGGCAGUGUCUUUGGCAUCGGCUCUGACAUUGGCGGCUCGAUCCGCAACCCCUGCGGCAACUGUGGCCUGUACGGCUUCAAGCCUUCGGCCAUCCGCUUGCCCAAGGGCGGCAACUUUUCGGGCAUGCCUGGGCAAGAAGCCAUCGUCGGCGCCAUUGGUCCCAUGACCGUCUCGGCGCGGGACAUGGAGCUCUUCAUCAAGGUCGUGCUCGACACCGAGCCGUGGAAGUUUGACCCUUCGCAGGCCCGUAUGCCGUGGCGGCCAGAGGAGGUCAGCUGGAUCGGAGGCGACAAACCCCGUAUCGGUGUCAUGUGGCACGACGGCGUGUGCAAGCUCCAGCCGCCCAUGGCUCGCGCUCUCAGCCAGGCAGUGGACAAGCUCAGGACCGCCGGAUUCGAUGUGGUCGAUUACGAGCCCCACAACACCGCUGAAGGGUGGGCACUGCUCAAGCGCUUGUACUAUACCGACGGUGGCGAGAGGGUCAAGCGCGAGACCGCCAAGACGGGCGAGCCAAUCCUUCCACUCACGCAGUGGAUCAUGGACGGGUCAGUGGACACUCCUGCCAUCGACGUCAUGGAGUUGGUCAAGACGCGCGAGGCGUUCCGUCUCGACUAUAACAAGCACUGGGAGGCAGCCGGUGUCGAUGUGGUGCUCUGCGCACCGUAUCCUGGUGCGGCCCCACAGCUCGGCACGUCAAAGUACUGGAUGUACACGGCCAUCUGGAACCUCGUCGAUUACCCCGGUGGCGUGUUCCCCACGCAAUGGAGCGUCGAGGCGAGUGACGCGGCCGAGGGUCCCAGGGAGUACUUGAGCGCAGACGACAAGAUGGUUGCAGAGUUUUACUCCCCCGAGAAGUUUGCCAACGCCCCACUCUCACUCCAAGUCGUUGGACGCCGGUGGGAGGAUGAGAAGACGAUGGAGGCUCUCAAGAUCAUCUCCAAGGUGGUGCGCAGUUAG